AUGUCCGGUUUCACACCACUUCCCGUAGAAUGUAUUCAUGAAAUAAUAUCUCAUCUUUUCGAUGACCCUGAUGCUUUGAAUAGAUGUAUACGUACAAAUCGUCUAUUUGCACGUCUUACAGCACCAAUACUCUACAAGAAUCCAUGGCGCUUUUUUGGUGCAGACGAAGAGGAAGGAGAGAUAAGAAAAGAUGAUGAUCCACGAGGAAAGUUGCUUAUAAGGACGUAUAUUAAUUGUCUGGAUAAACCGCUUCUUGAGUUUGUCAUGACCCGUGCAGCUCAAACCGUAACUUGUGAUAAAGCUGUUGCUGCCAUAGUCUCUUCUAUACCCACGCCAGUUUCCAGUUUGCUCGAUUAUAUUGCUUAUACUCGAGACAUCAAUUUACCCAUCAUUUACAGAUUUAUCGAGGCCGAAUGUUUGGAGCUUGUUCCAUUUGCUGGUAUGACGAAUAUGAUUCAAGACUCGUUUACGGAAUUGUCAAAGGCGUUCGCCCAGCGCUGUUCUAAUGUAGAGACAUUUGUUAGUUGUUGGCAUGUGAAUACCGAGAUAUUGAAAGCAGUUAUUAGCAGAUUUCCCAAUUUAUGUCGUCUGGAUUUGUUAAAAUACGAGGCUACCAAUGAGAUAUUGGACCUAAUAGCUAAAAAUUGUCGACGUUUGCAAGAAUUCAGAUCCAUGGUCAAGGCGUGUUCGGCUGCAUCAUUAUCGUCUGUAAUUGAGGCACAAGAAGAUGGGUAUCUGAAAGAGUUUUGUAUUAGAGUGACCACAUCUCCUCGAGUACUGCUGACUACGCUGUCAGCUGGGGUCAUUGCCAAGAUAACUGAUCUGAGGAUUAAUAUAGUUUCUAUACUUGAUGUUAUGGACGGAAUGAACUUUGCCAACUUGCGGAGUCUGGAUCUGAGUGAAUGUUUAGGCGUAAUUGACACUACUUUCGAUACAUUUAUAUUUGGACAAAUGUUUUCCGAGGUCAAUCUUUCCGAGACCAAAGUAACCGAGGAAGCUAUCAUAGCCCUUGCUAAACAUUGUAACAGGAAUUUGAAAAAGUUGGUAAUGCUUCCAUGCGGAGCAGCCGAUUCGGUAGAGGAGGGUAUUAGAGCUUUAGCCGAACAUUGUCCUAAUUUGGUCGAAUUCAGGCUCGAUGUUAUUCGUGCCGAGUUAAGAUCUAUUAUUGAAUUGAUCAAAGCGUGUAGAAAUAUGAGCGUUCUUGUCAUUGGCGGCGUUGAUAUUAAUUCAGAGGAUGACAUUCUGGAUAGAGUCGUUGAUGCUAUUGGAACGAAUCUUGGAAAUACCUUGAGCGAACUGGACGUGAGAGAUUGGGCAGUGAGUGACGAGACUAUCGUGUCAUUGGCUGGAAAAUGUACCAAUCUAACCAAGUUGACUUUGAAGUAUUGUCGAUAUAUCAAUGAUGGCAGUAUUAAAGAGUUAUGUAAACAUUUAGCGGGGAAAUUAAGAUUUCUUGAUAUAUCGAAAUGUCCUGAUAUUACCAUAGAGACUGUCGGGUAUGCGACGAAUACGUUGAUUGGAUGUCGAAUUGUGCAUUGUUCUGGUUGA